ACCAUCGAUCGAUGAUAAUGAGUUUCUUUUGAAAUCGAACAAAGCUGCUUCAAAUCAAUCGAACAAAACUCUUUCUCUCAGAGCUGCUUCAGAGUCGAAGGCACAAGCCACAAGCCUUCAUAUCUGCUUCAGGGUCUCUGACUUGGACCUUCUUGUUCCAAGAAUUCACACACCCACCGUGUAUUUUUACAAGCCAAAUGGAACCCAAAACUUCUUUGAAGCACAUCUCCUCAAAGAGGCACUUAGCAAUGCCCUUGUGCCCGUGCCCUUUUAUCCUGUUGCUGGGAUGCUGCAGACAGAUGAGAAAGGUAGAUUUGAGCUGUACUGUAAUGGGGAAGGUGACCUAUGUCAAGUGUGGGGGAGUGUCUCUUGGUGUGGGGUUACACCAUACUCUUGCAGAUGGAAUCUCAGCUCUCCAUUUCAUCAAUGCAUGGUGCGACAUGGCACGUGGCAUACAUCUGAGGAUCCCACCUUCUUGGAUAGGACUCUACUCCGUGGUCGAGACCCACCCAUCCCUGCAUUUGAUCACACUGAAAACUACUCUCCUCCCUCCUCAACCCUUAGACCACCUCCAAAAACAACUUCCACAGCCAUCUUGAGAAUAACAGCUGACCAGCUUGCCAUUCUGAAAACCAAGUUGAAGGGAGAGAAAGACCAAAAAAGGUACAGCACCUAUGAGGCAAUGGCUGCUCACCUGUGGCGCUCUGCAUGCAUGGUCCGUGGACUUCCUGAUGAUCAAGAUACCAAGCUCUAUAUCGCUACCGAUGGACGGUCCAGAUUAAUCCCUCCACUACCUCCUGGCUAUUUUGGCAAUGUUCUCUUCACAACCACAUCAACUGCUCCAUCAGGGGAGAUUCAAUCGCAACCAUUUAGGAGCACCGUAGACAGGAAUCACAAUGCUCUAUCACGAAUGUGUGAUGAUUUUCUGAGGUCAGCUCUAGACUACCUCGAGUUGCAGCCUGAUCCAACGGCUCUCAUUCGAGGGGCCCACACUUUCAAUUCCCCAAACCUCAACAGUCAGUUAGAUUAG